AUGAACAACUCAGAAGAACCCGGGCUAAACCCUACUCCAAUUCUACCAUCUAAAGAAUCAAUGGAGAGUUUUCUUCUCAAACUAACACCGUUUCAACGUAUGAUUUACUUUCCAAACCUUCCACCACUCCGACAAUCACUUCCUUCGUCAUCCUCUCCUCCUCCUCCACAACCUUAUCAACUUCCACCACCACCAUCACCUUAUCAACAACCUCCACCAACACCACCUCGUCAACCUCCUCUUCUACCACCACUGUCUCAUCAACCUCCUCCUCCACCACCUCACCAACCGCCUUCUCCACCACCACCACCACCACCUAAUCAACCUCGUCGUGCUCGCCGUGGACAACGUAAAGAAGGUGUAAUCUUCCCUAUUCCAUUUAUAUGGGCCACUGAUCGUAGAGCAACCGUUCAUAGUUUGAGUCAUCUUUUGCAUAAUAGAAUAUUUAAUAUCUUUGGAGAUGUUGAGUGUAAGGGAUGCAAAAAAAAGUUUCAAAUGAAUUUCAACCUAAGAGAGAAAUUUUCCGAAAUAAGGAUUUAUAUUGCCGAAAACAAAGACACAAUGCGAGAUAGGGCGCCACCAUGUUGGAACAAUCCAACUUUGCCUACAUGUGUGCAUUGUAAUCAAGAAAAAAGUGUGAUACCUGUGAUUGCUGAGAAGAGAAAGAAUAUCAAUUGGUUGUUUCUUUUUUUAGGGCAAAUGAUUGGUUGUUGCACCCUUAAACAACUGAGAUACUUUUGCAAGUACACAAAUAAUCAUUUAACAGGUGCUAAGAAUAGGUUAGUUUAUCUUACUUAUCUUGCACUCUACCAACAACUUGAUGCUUGA